AUGAAUCUAGAAAACAUCGAUCUCUGCGGCCAAGGAGGGACAAAUGGAGGCUUUCAGGGCAGCCUUCCGGCGGAAUGGGGCUCACUCACAAAGCUGGAGUCUCUCAUUUUGAAAGAAAACAAUCUCACGGGUACCAUCCCUGAGCAGUGGGGUAACUUAUCUUCAUUGCAGUGGCUGGAUUUGGGAGGCAAUCGGCUCUCGGGCACCCUGAAUGCUAUUGCCUGGCUCCAAAAUCUCAAGGAAUUAGGUCUUGCAAACAAUAAGUAAGAGCCCUGCUAUCGUGAAGCGAGACAUGUCAUAUGUGUUAUGCAGAUUCACAGCUCUAG